UUCCCUCCGCCUCCCCUCCUCUCGUUAGUUCCGGUCGCAGAGGAGACACCGCCGCAGUUGCCGCCACCUCCGGGAUUUCUGGCUCUUUUCUCUUCGCCUUAUAUUCGGGUGUCUUUUAUGAAUAAUCAAAAGCAGCAAAAGCCAACGCUAUCAGGCCAGCGUUUUAAAACCAGAAAAAGAGAUGAAAAAGAGAGGUUUGACCCUACUCAGUUUCAAGACUGCAUUAUUCAAGGCUUAACUGAAACUGGUACUGAUUUGGAAGCAGUAGCAAAGUUUCUUGAUGCUUCUGGAGCAAAACUUGAUUACCGCCGAUAUGCAGAAACACUCUUUGACAUUCUGGUGGCUGGUGGAAUGCUGGCCCCAGGUGGUACACUGGCAGAUGACAUGAUGCGUACAGAUGUCUGUGUGUUCGCAGCACAAGAAGACCUAGAGACCAUGCAAGCAUUUGCUCAGGUUUUUAACAAGUUAAUCAGGCGCUACAAAUACCUGGAGAAGGGUUUUGAAGAUGAAGUUAAAAAGCUGCUGCUGUUCUUAAAGGGUUUUUCAGAGUCGGAGAGGAACAAGCUGGCUAUGUUGACUGGUGUUCUUCUGGCUAAUGGAACACUGAACGCAUCCAUUCUUAAUAGCCUUUAUAAUGAGAAUUUGGUUAAAGAAGGGGUUUCAGCAGCUUUUGCUGUAAAGCUCUUUAAAUCAUGGAUAAAUGAAAAAGAUAUCCAUGCAGUAGCUGCAAGUCUUCGGAAAGUGAGCAUGGAUAACAGACUGAUGGAACUUUUUCCUGCCAAUAAACAAAGCGUUGAACACUUCACAAAGUAUUUUACUGAGGCAGGCUUGAAAGAGCUUUCAGAGUAUGUUCGGAACCAGCAAACCAUAGGAGCUCGUAAGGAACUCCAGAAAGAACUUCAAGAACAGAUGUCCCGUGGUGAUCCAUUUAAGGAUAUAAUUUUGUAUGUCAAGGAGGAGAUGAAAAAAAACAACAUCCCAGAACCAGUUGUCAUCGGAAUAGUAUGGUCCAGUGUAAUGAGCACUGUGGAAUGGAACAAAAAAGAGGAGCUUGUAGCAGAGCAAGCCAUCAAGCACUUGAAGCAAUACAGCCCUCUACUUGCUGCCUUUACAACUCAAGGUCAGUCUGAGCUGACUCUGUUACUGAAGAUUCAGGAGUAUUGCUAUGACAACAUUCAUUUCAUGAAAGCCUUCCAGAAAAUAGUGGUGCUUUUUUAUAAAGCUGAAGUUCUGAGUGAAGAACCCAUUCUGAAGUGGUAUAAAGAUGCACAUGUUGCCAAGGGGAAAAGUGUCUUCCUUGAGCAAAUGAAAAAGUUUGUAGAGUGGCUCAAAAAUGCUGAAGAAGAAUCUGAGUCUGAAGCUGAAGAAGGUGACUGAAUUUGAAACUACACCCUCAGUAAAGCAAACAGGAAUUGUAGAUAAAAUGUCAUGUCUCAUGUGUCCUGGUUCUUACAUCUUCCUACCUCCCUAUAUCAAGCAUGAUAUAAGGGCUUUCAUGGCAAAUUUUAUUUUAACUGUUUCUAUGGUUACUGGAAAUGUUGGAUUUAGUUUCUAAAACCAUGUUUUAAGUAGCUACAGGAGCUAUAGAUUUGAAUCUAAUGUUGCAUUAGUCUUUUCAGUUAUCUUCUACCUCCUGUAUUUUCUACUGUAAUAAUGUAAUUUAAGGCCUUCCACAAUGAACAGUUCACUUUUUCCCUGGGUUUUCUAUAUAAACAGUUUUCAAGAUAUGAUUUGGUUAAAAAUAAUUUGUUAUAAAAAUUCUGUUUGCAAAUUAAACUGUAAAAGUAUCCAGAGUCUCAGAAGGCAGUGAUUUGUGUGAUAAUUUGGUAUGCCCAAAGCCCUGUUCAUCAAUGAAAAUCUCAUGUACAAUAAUUAGAUUCAUUAACGUGAAUCUUGAGUAUUUGGACCACUGCUUGCAUGUUGAUAUUUUCUUGCAUUUUUAACCCCAGAUGUACUUGAGCUCAAUUGUUUGCUCUCUGAUUUUCAUUCCUUAAAAUGAAGCCAUGGAGAACAAACUUGAAAGUGAGGUGUUUGGGAAAUUGUAUGUGGCGGUGGUGGGAAGAAAAAAGUUGAGCUUUUACCCAUUGAGAAACCUCUGCAUUCAGUUUGCUUCUUUCUAGACAAAACAAAUGAAUAUUCUUUUCAUACCGCCAUUUUCAAAUAUACCUUGGAAAAGCCUUGUCAUUUAAAGUAUUUUACAGUUGUCAUACACUUAGAUUGGUAAGAAAGGACUCAUAAAACAGUAUAGGUAAAGCAAAUGACUGUACUAAACCCAGAAAAUUGUUUAAAGAAAAGUGGUUAGCAUGUUCUAAUUGGGAUUCUAAAUAUAACUCAUAUUUCCUGUUGGCUUAGAGUAUUUGUUGCAAAGAAUGAAGUGCAGUGAUAAUGAUUAUCCUACUUGGUCAUACUGGGCCAGCUUCAUUCUCUUCACAGAUUCAUAUAUGACUCAAGCAUCUGCCUAUUAAUUUACCCCAGUUGCCAAUAUUUGAAAUUGCCAUGAGCCAAAUAUCUCUUCUGUACAGUUGAUCCAUUUAUUUAAUGGCUGCCUUUUAAUUUCCAUCUUAAUUUUCUUGCUACCCGUCUUUAUAUGUAGUCAUUAGAAAACAAAAUGUGGCCACACUUUUUGGUGGAAAGAUUUCAUGUUAAAAGUGAACAUUUUGAAAGCUUUUUUGAUUGGUGAAAGAAAUGAGCUUGGAAUAAUGCCGCCAGAGACUGAGUAGGAAUUGCCCCUUUCAGAGGUGCCAUUCUUAGGAGCUAAAAAUUAGGUGUUUAAAAGUUUAUCUUGAGGGAAUAACAUGUAAUAUUGUUUGAAAUAAAGGUAUAAUAACCUUAUGAAGAAGAGCAUUAUAACUGAUACCGUUGUGAAGGGGGUGAAAUUGUUAAAUGAAUGACGUUGAUAAAGCUUUCAUGCGCAGACAAAAUGUAUUCAUUAGGUUUCUACAUAGUGAUCUGCUUUUACUUUGUAAUUUGUAGUCCUUAAAAGACUUUUUUAAAAAAAUAAAGUCCAUCCUUACACUUAGGUUUAUAUAGGUUAAUCUUUUUAAUUUUUAAUUUUUUUUGUAAUUUCCAUGUUAAUGCCUACUGGUAACUGUGUGUUAUGCAUUCAGACAUCUCUACUAUGUAAGCAUUAAAUAAUUGCUCUUUUCAUCCUUAUGACCCCCAAACUGUAAACACCUACACAGAAUUCUGAGGUAGCAGAAACUACGUUAACGUUUCUACAACCAGAUCAUUGCAUGUUACUGCAGUACAGAGUGCACCUUACUAUAUACUGUGUAUAGUGAAAGUGUAUAGUUUUCCAGAACUACAUUAUUAUCUCUGAUCACAGUUUUUUCCUUCAUGGCAAAGUAGUAUUUACUUACUACAAUAUUAUAGUAAAUGGAUAAAGUCACCUGUGACAGUAUAGUGUAAAGAAAGGGAAUGCUUUCUAAGAAGACUUUGCAGAUUUUCAUUUUGAAUUUUAAGUGGCAAUUUUGAAUUUCAGCUUCCAGUGCCAAUCUCAAACCUGUAAUUCUUAAUAUAGUUGUUAAGACUGUACUUGUAAUUAUGAUCAGAUAAAUGUUAAUUGAUUUUCCUAACUUGGUGUCAGUUUCUAAGGAUAAGUCUCCUCUUAGAUGCCAUAAUUAAAUGUGUUUAGAGCUGA